AUGGAUCACCACCUCACGCCGACGCCGCCGUCGCCGAUGGAGAACUCCGCGGCGGGGCCGUCCUCGAAGCCGCCGACGCCGGCGUCCACGCCCAACUCGCGCCUCGCCUCGGCGCCGUCCUCCCGCCACUCCGCCACGCCGCCGCACGCGUCAGCGCAGGCGUCCGCCCCGACGCCGGCCUCCCGCACCAUCUAUAGCGACCGCUUCAUCCCCAGCCGCACCGGAUCCAACCUCGCGCUCUUCGACCUCGCCCCCUCGCCCUCCGCCGCAUCCUCCCACGAAGGCUGCCCCGCGGCCUCGUCCGGAUCUGCGCCCGCCGCGUCGCCCUACUGCGCGCUCCUCCGCGCCGCGCUCUUUGGGCCCGACACGCCCGACCGGGUCGCGUCCUCGGCCACCGCGUGCUCGUCGUCCUCCUCCCCGGGGCCGUCGCCUGUGGGCACCCCCGCCACCGGGAACAUCUUCAGAUUCAAGACGGAGGUGCGCCGGAGCGCCAAGAGGGCUCUUUUUUCGGGAGAGGAAGAGGAGGACGCGCUGUUCCCCGGCAUUUUCACCACGAGGGGCGCGGGCCCAAGGAAGGUUCCAAGGUCGCCCUACAAGGUGCUGGAUGCGCCCGCUUUGCAGGAUGACUUCUACCUCAACCUCGUCGAUUGGUCUUCACAUAAUGUCCUCGCUGUUGGGUUGGGCAAUUGCGUUUACUUGUGGAAUGCAUGCAGCAGCAAGAUCUGGGAUGCAACUCGUUGUAAAAGAAUAAGAACAAUGGAAAGCCAUCGCAUGCGUGUAGGUGCUCUUGCAUGGAGUUCUUCAUUGCUUUCUUCUGGAAGCCGUGACAAGAGCAUCCUCCACCAUGAUAUCCGUGCUCAAGAAGAUUAUGUUAGCAAGCUUACCGGGCAUAAAUCUGAGGUUUGUGGACUCAAGUGGUCUUAUGACAAUCGUCAACUUGCAUCAGGUGGCAAUGAUAACAGACUUUUUGUUUGGAAUCCACAUUCAGUACAACCAGUACUGAAGUAUACGGAGCACACAGCAGCUGUCAAAGCUAUUGCCUGGUCACCUCAUCUCCAUGGCCUGCUUGCAUCUGGUGGAGGAACCGCAGAUAGAUGCAUACGGUUUUGGAAUACGACCACAAAUACACAGUUGAGCUGUGUGGACACCGGAAGCCAGGUCUGCAAUCUUGUGUGGUCAAAGAAUGUAAAUGAGCUUGUUAGCACCCACGGGUACUCUCAGAACCAAAUAAUUGUUUGGAGAUAUCCAACAAUGUCGAAGCUUGCCACUUUGACAGGGCAUACAUACAGAGUAUUGUAUUUAGCAAUUUCCCCUGAUGGCCAGACCAUAGUUACUGGUGCUGGUGACGAAACACUCCGGUUUUGGAACGUGUUCCCCUCUCCAAAGUCCCAGAGUUCUGAUAGUUUAAGUUGCAUUGGGGGAACAUCAUUUGUUAGAAGCUACAUCCGGUGA